AGAGGAAGAUGGCGCCUCGAAGAGAGAGGGUCUCUACGCUGCCCCGGCUCCAACUGCUAGUGCUGUUGUUGCUGCCGCUGAUGCUUGUGCCCCAGCCCAUAGCAGGCCAUGGCGGCAAGUACUCGCGAGAGAAGAACGAGCCGGAGAUGGCCGCCAAGCGCGAGUCCGGGGAGGAGUUCCGCAUGGAGAAGCUGAACCAGCUAUGGGAGAAGGCCAAGCGGCUUCAUCUGUCUCCUGUGAGGCUGGCCGAGCUGCAUUCUGACCUGAAGAUACAAGAGAGGGAUGAACUCAACUGGAAAAAGCUGAAGGUGGAAGGCUUGGAUAAGGAUGGGGAGAAAGAAGCAAAACUGAUCCACAACCUCAACGUCAUCCUGGCCAGAUACGGACUGGAUGGGAGGAAGGACGCCCAGAUGGUGCACAGCAACGCCCUCAAUGAAGACACCCAGGAUGAGCUGGGGGACCCCAGGCUGGAAAAGCUGUGGCACAAGGCAAAGACAUCAGGGAAAUUCUCCAGUGAAGAGCUGGACAAGCUGUGGAGAGAGUUUCUGCAUUACAAAGAGAAGAUCCAGGAGUACAAUGUGCUGCUAGACACACUGAGCAGAGCUGAAGAAGGUUAUGAGAACCUUCUCAGUCCCUCGGACAUGGCCCACAUCAAGAGCGACACCCUGAUCAGCAAGCACAGUGAGCUGAAGGACAGACUGCGCAGUAUCAACCAGGGCUUGGACCGCCUGCGGAAGGUCAGCCACCAGGGCUAUGGCUCCACCACUGAGUUUGAAGAGCCCCGGGUGAUAGAUCUGUGGGACCUGGCUCAGUCUGCCAACUUCACUGAGAAGGAACUGGAGUCAUUCAGGGAGGAGCUCAAGCACUUUGAGGCCAAAAUUGAAAAGCACAACCACUACCAGAAGCAGCUGGAGAUUUCCCACCAGAAGCUGAAGCACGUGGAGAGCAUCGGCGACCCCGAGCACAUCAGCCGCAACAAGGAGAAAUACGUGCUGCUGGAGGAGAAGACCAAGGAGCUGGGCUACAAGGUGAAGAAGCAUCUACAGGACCUGUCUAGCAGGGUCUCAAGGGCUCGGCACAAUGAGCUCUGAGGACCAGAAGCCACCAGCAGCAGCCUAGAGAGAACACUUGAAGACACCGGGAGCUGUCAGCAUGUCAUCGGCUUGCAUAGACCUGAGGUGACUGGUGUGGCUGACCACCGUGGCAAGGAGGAUCCCUUGAAAUACCAAGCUGAUCCUACAGUGGCUGGCAAGGACUUAUUUUCUUUCAAGCAAGUGUAGUUGUCACCACCCUGGACGAGGGCCUUGGGUACCGCUACCAGUGAGAUAGGACUGGACUCCGAGCUGCAGCACAACAGUUUAUAUUGAAAUCACAUAAACCUGCCUGCCACUGGAAACAUUCUGUACAGAGUCCUUAAAUACAUGGCAGAGUUUUGAGCCCUCGAGUCCUUGCCUGGUAUCUCGAAGGAUGGGUCCAUUGAGCCAUGGCAAAUUAAGUUACAGAUGAAGGGGGAAGGCGAAGACUAGUCUACCCACUGGAAGCAUUUCCCUCCCUGCUUCACGCACCCUCUCCCUCUCUGGGGAUCUGGCCCCAGACAGUUUUAAAUCAAGAGAUUUCAGGACAAAGAUGGCAGAGGUGAAAGCCUGCAGGUCUUGCAGGGCGAACGUUUUCUGGCCCCCUCCACCCCCAAAGACCCUGAUCAGCUUCCAGAUCCAGUCUCUGUUCCCUCACACAGAAUAGCCAAAAUUUUGUCUGACCCCAGCAGCUGAUCCUGGAAGAUCAGGCCAUUGAGUUUGUUAGCCGCUGAAUCUCAGCCCAGAAAUUGGAAUCUGCCUAUCAGGGGUGCGCAGUUAACCAUGUUUAAGAAUAUCACAGCCGGAAAGAGGCUCAGUGAGUAAAAUGUUCAUACAGCAAGCUUGAGGUCUACAGUUUGGAUCUGCAGAGCCUUGCUGUGUUUACUUACCUGCAGUCCCAGCACUUGAGAGGCAGAGAAAGUUUAUCCCAGCCAAAUAAACAAAGGUGGAGUAUAUGGGAGAAGGCACUCUCCCACUCUCUGAUGUGUGCAUACACUUACAUGUGUACCUGUACACAGGUGACCACUCAUAGAUACUCAUAUAUGGGUGAAACUCCCAGGGCAUCAUCGUGCAAGAAGCCCAUGGGUUAAGGACAGCAGCCGCAAGGAACAGUAGGCAGUGUGGUUCCCUCACCCAUGCUGUGUCUGCCACCAUCCAGGCCAGCUGGGAUGUGUCCCUCUGAGCACUAGUAGAUAUCUUCCCAGAACCCUCAGCAGUGUCUGAGGCUCAGAGAAAUUCUUGUUGCUAGGGUCUCAGCUCUGCCUUUCUGGUUCAGCCCAACACCAAAGCCUCCUGUGCCUCACAGCCCAGGGGACUCAGGCUCAGAGUCAACUGCUGGGGGAGUGCCUGGCUGUCAGAUGCACCUUCACUAAUGUUUGUCUCCAUCCCUAGAGCCAGAGGCCAUGGCUGCAUGCUAAGGCUUAGAAAUGGGCACGUUGAAGUAACAUAGCAGUAUACAGCCCAGUGAACCAUCUCAGAGUGAGUGAUAGAGAGCCCACAGCUAUGUUAGGGAGAGGUGUGACCUGUGUGGGAGCUGCCUGCUUCUGGAGCAGAUCUCUAGUCAGGAGGCCACUCCUGACUAAGCUCUCAGAUAUCAGAUCCUGCAAACUUCCCUGGGUGAGUGUGACUCCCACCGCAAGGGAACCUCAAGCUACAAACUUAGAUGCGGUUCUGGCUAGCAGGCUCUGCCACCUAGCAACAGUGACUGAAAGUCCUCAGGCUGACAGGUCACCAGUCACAUUAUGGUAAAGGAGAACAGGUUCAUGCAAGUUGUCCUCUCACUAUGCGUGCUACGGCACAUGGGUUCACACAAUGAAUAAAAUAUCUUUUAAAGCAUUCUUUCUGGGGAAAA